AUGGCGAGCUGGGUCGCAUUGAACGUCGAGCCGGACGACGCCAUUGAGGAUGAGGUCGACGAUACUAAGGAACUUCAGAUCGAAGAGGCCCUGAAGCUUUACCAAACCGCUCUCAAGCUUCAUUCUCAAGGUCCGGACUUUUACGCCCAAGCUGCAGAGGCAUACGAUUCUCUCCUCAAAUCGGAGAUCUUUAAAUACCCUGAAUCAAUCUCGGAUUUCAAACGUGAAGCAGAGUCAGAUGCGCAAGUUGUGGCAGCCAUUGAUGAAGGCCCCGCAGAGGUUGUUACAGAGUUCAACAUUAAUGAUUCCACGUCAAGCCUUUUCCAGACCCUCUACCUCUCCUACAAGAACCACGGAAAGUACGUCCUUGAUGCGCUUCAUGAGUCCAUUCGAGCCAUUCCACAAGAACCCGACACAGCAAUCGAAACGACGACCAAAAUAACGGAGGCAUCGAGGAAAGCUUUGGGGUCCUUUGCAGAUGCACUAGAGCGGGAUGAUACAGAUCUCAAUUUGUGGAGACAAAGCGCCAGACUCAGCAGUGCACUGAAGAGCUAUCGCUUGAACCGGUUCUGCUUAGAGAGUGUACUGGCCGAUGAUGACAACCGCCUUGAGAUACGGUCGGAGCAGCUUGGGUUGGAAGAGAUUUUCUCGGAAGAGCGCCUACGUGCGACCUUGACGUCCCUCUUUGAUGGACUCUCUGCCUCCCAAGUUCCAGUAAAGAAACCGAAAAAGGCGCUUAUAAAGUACCUCAAACAACAUGAAGAUCCUUAUUCUUAUCUGCCAAAUCUCCCGACCGAUUUGCAUGCACUGAGUUCAUCCAAAGGACCUCUUGCUCUGUCCACCUCCCGACGAGAGCUCACGCCACCCGACGCAACUUGGGAAUCAGUGGGCAAAGCAAUCGCACAAGCUUUAGAUGAGGAAUUGGAAGCCUCAGUAGGCGCUGCUCCGAGUCGGUCCCUUCAAAUUACCCUGCCCGCGAGGGACUCUGGGGGAUCCGAUAUUGCAUCAGUGAAAAUGGAGGAUCUCGAAAACCAGGUCGAGCAAGGUAAGGCAGCGAAUGAAGACAUCAAUAUGCUCGACGGAACAGACCAGGCUGCUGCCCUUGGAGACAAUCAGGAACCGCCAGAGCUCACAGAGGAACAGUCUUCAAUUGAUCAAAGCGCAGAGAAACAACUGAUGGAGUCUUUGGAAGGCCAAUCUGUUCCACACCUCGAAAAACAAGGCGAAGGAGAUCCGAGCCUAGAGGAAACAGAGCCCAGAUCACCAACCAGUGGGCGGAAAAGAUCGUCUGCAUCCGCAGCGAACGAUGAACCAUCGGAGGGCGGAAGGAUGAAGAGCCGACGCACCAGAGCUCGUGAAUCAAAUGCAGAUGCCUUAGUACAAUUGGAUGAGGUCCCAUUCGAUCAAGACAAGUUUUAUGAAGACCGUCUUGAAAUAUUUGUGAACGCCGAUGAGUGGAUGUUCAACACCCUCGGGUCUCUGUUCUCUAGAGCAGGUAUCACAGCCCUUGGAACGAUUGAAGAUCUCAGAGAAAAGUUAGCAAUCGUGAACGAUACCGAAGAUGCACCCGAAGACCCCGAGACCAGGCUAUUCCAGGAUUUGCGGGGGAUGAUUAAGCACUGGAAUGAUGAAAAGUCCCGGUUGAUGCAGCAGAAGGACGAUUCUUCUUCCUUGAAGAGCAUUCCCGGUUCCAACAAGUCUGGCCUGGCUGUUUUUCUCGAGCAUUCUAGAAAGACCACUCGAAAAUCGCUAGUUCAGGAAGAGCUGGUUGCCUCAGGUGAGGAGCUAUACAAUUUUUCGAACACGGUUAACAGUGGUCAUUUACGUCCACAAGAUGCUUCGUUUGAAUGGCUGAAGUGUCUUCUCAUGCCACAAUUUGGCGAAAUUUCUUCCGAAUUUUUAGUGAUGAAGUCGGCAUACACUUCUUUGUUGUGGCCGAAGGAGCUGAAAGCAACUGCUAUGGAGAUUUUGGUUCGUGAAGAUGAAUUUAUUUUCACCAGGCUGUGUGAGGCUGUCACGAAGGUUGAGAAACGCAUCCUUGAAUCCCACAAUGGACCCCCAUUCAAUUAUGAGACAAGCCACUUUUCUGAAUUGGAGAUGAUUCAGUCUAUAUUUGAGCUUCAUCUGGAAAUUUUUGCCUCUAUUGAAGAUCUUGGUGCCCAGCCAAGCCAAGAGCAGAAAUUGUCACAGCGUGAUCGUUUGGCGAGGUGGGCAAUGCUAGCUCGAACAUGCUUGGAAUACUCUGUCGAAUACUGCCCAUCCGAAGAGUGUCGCCAAAAUAUUGCAUUUCGCCAUCUGUGGACGUCAACUUUCCAUCUUAACCUCGCUGGCGAGGCCGAUCGUGAGCAUAUCUUAUUAUGCUUCCAAGAUCUUAAACAGAUUCUCCACUCAAUUGGCGACCCUGUCGUUAACCUUGUGAACAAUUCAAUCAUGGUAGAGCUAUCAAUUGCCACCAUUGAUCAAGAGGCUCUCAAACUCAAAUGUAUGGAUUUCUUCGCAAAGGUAUUCAAUGCAGAUGAGGAUGAUCCUGUAUCGCUCAUCGAAGCCAUCGAGCCAAUUCUUGAGCCUUCAUCAAUCGAGUAUUUGGAUUCUGGUAGUGAUGCGACCCAGGCUAUGUCACAUUCGAGCGAAAUGGCUUCUUUCCUUGACCGGGGGGAUGCUACGUUGCGACUGUUCCUUUGGCGGAGGCUCCAGGAGACAUAUCAAGCUAUUGACUAUCCGCCAAAGGUCAUCUCGUGCUAUCUGCGUAGUAUCGAGACUGUCAUGACUGAGCUUGAGGGUGUAAAACACAUACAGGAAUCCAGUGGGCAACGCCAACUCACUUUGCUGCGUUGGCUCAAAUCACUCGAUGGGAUUAUGAGUAAGAUCAUCCCACUUGUAUUGCAGCAGUCUGACAAAGCAUUUGAAUGUAUUGAUAUGGAACAUCUACGAUCGUCCUUGUCCGCAGUCGCUCGGCUGGCUCGUCUUCUUCACAGCUUCAUUUUGUACGAAGACUCGGUUCGUGUGGGCCAAACUUCUGGGCGUGAUCUUCGAGGAAGUUUGGCGAAAUCUCUCGAAAAUUUCAAGGAGAGAAUGAGAGAAACAUACGUGCGUUGCUGGAUUUUGCAGUACACUCUUUUCUUGGAAGCAAUCUCCCAAAACAAGGACGCUUUCGCCGAACCCUUGGAGGAUCGCGUUCAUGUUCUUCGCUCUGUGCACAAUGCCUUGGGGGUCCGGUCCUUGUGCAGGUACUCACAGAAACGCUUCCUGAAGCUCCUCAAGUCCGAGCUCCUUGAUCUUGAGACCAAGGGUGACUAUGAAUACGACAUCUGCCAGGUUCUUUUUGAUCUCCACGGUAUCAAGUUCUCGCCCUUCGACGGCACUGCUGAUCAUGGAUGUACUCCCGAAAAAUUAGAUCGUCACACUGCAAACUUGAUGAUUGAUUUCGUGAUGAAGCAAGCACUCAAAAUGAACAUGAAGGACCUGUCAAAGUCUGAAUUGAAGACAACCAUUGAAAAAAUGCAGCAUGCUAUUGGCCCUGCGAAGCUUCCCGCACAGUCACCACAAAUGUCGUUCAACAGACGUCUCUUCAGCAUAUACAUUAAAUCACCAAUCAACCCGUCGCAUCUCCUUCGCGCGGUACAGGGAGUGACUGAACUUUCCAUGCUUCCGGUACCUGGCGAGAAUGCCAGAAUCGCUGCCAAGGGUUGGUACUUCCUUCUUGGCCACUCCACCCUCACAAAGUUCAAAGCCCAUAAACGUCUGAGUCCCGGGUCAACAUCAGAGCUGGAUGAUGCGAUCAACUUCUUCCGGCAGGAUCUAGAUCAUGGCACAGGACGAUGGGAAACCUGGUACCGGCUAGCACAAGCAUACGAUGCGAAAUUGGAGGAAGAUAUCACCUGGGCCGCGGACAAGAUCAACAACAAUCGUAGUGAACUGGCAGCAACGCAAAGAUAUGCAAUCCAUUGUUACUCCAUGGCUGUGUCAACGGCCAUUCAAAGCGCUGAACCCACAUCGGAUACUCGAGGCUUGUUGUCAGAUCUAUACACUGACUUUGGAAUCCGUCUCUAUUCUUCGUCCCGCGAACCCCUUUCCAUGGGUGCCUUCAGUCUGGCAGACUUUUCACGACAUUUCAGCAGUGAAGAAAGUCAGCAAAUGUACAAAGCUCAGCCUUUCAAAGAGAUGUCUCGGUAUUCUGUGUGGAAUUUUGCCAGCAAUCUCCUCAGAAGAGCACUGAUUGACAAACCAAAGCGCUGGAUGACGCAUUACUUCCUUGGGAAAUGUCUCUGGAAGAUGUUCAACUGUGAUGAUUCGCUGCGAACGACAUCAAAACGCGUUGAAGUGGAUGAUGUGUUGGACGCUUUUCGCGAUGCAAUCAAUGCCCUUCCGCAGAGGAGAGAUUCGCGAGCCGAUCCCAUUUUCGAGCCCCACUUCAAGCUUCUGUCUAUCGUGCACAGACUUGUACUUCGGGAAAACCUCACUGUUAAUGAGGGGGUCAAGGCUCUUAACUCAACUCCUUGGGCCCGUAAGGUUGACUCUCCCGAGAAUCUUGAAGGGUGGAAGCCAUACGUUCUCGAAGUUAUCAAGAAGUUCAAGAGUGCCGACAAAUCUAAUUGGCACCAUCGCAUGAGCAGCAAGGCUGCGCAUAUCAUUUAUGAUGACGACAAGAACGCCACCACUGCUGCUGCCGCCAAGCAUGAAAUGUCGCAAAUCUUCACAAAAACACUGACCAUUCAAGUGUGGCGACCUGAAUUUGAGCGUCCUGGAAGACACUUUGUCUACACAACACGCUAUGUGUAUUUCUUCGUCGGCUUACUUGACCAACUGGACGAUCGCGCUAGCUUGGAUCAAUUAUUACGCCGUGUGAGAAAGAAGCAUGGUGAUUUCAUAGAUCACACAAAGUUGUGGGAAGACAUCUGUUUAACCUACGCAAAGAUGAUUCGGAGGGCUGCUCAAAUCAACGAGGGGCAUGAGGAGGGUGUCUUCAAACCCAUUGGAUGGGAGGAGUUUUCUACAAAGACAGCUCGCUUGGAAACCCUGGCGACACUGGAACCUGAAAGUCAACCGCUCUUAGAGCUCAUUCGAGAUGCUCUAGAGUUAAAAAAACUGAACAAUAACUUCAUGAAGGUUACCAUGUUCGAGGAUCUCAUUGCAGAUCUCUACUCUCGCGUAUACGAGCUUAAUGUGUCUCUGCUUGUUGAGCCGGCCACCGAGGAAAAUAAAGAAAAGAUGAAGGUUGAUCACGUUCUCAUGACGGGCGACAGCGCUGCCGAUACAAGUGCUGUAGUAGGCGCUGUUCCCGCUUCCGACACUCCUGCUCCUCGUGGCCGUACUAAGGGUAUUGCCCGUCGAGACAUUCAGAAGCGGGCGGAUACAAUUGUGACGCUCAAGCUGGCCCCUCGCACGGCAACUAGCCGGCUUGCCGCGGUGGAUAAUGAACAAUCAACCCCAAUCCGACGUGGAUCCAAUUCAGCAGCGACAUCUGGACCAGUCUCUACCCCCCAGGGGACAGGCAAACACACCUCCGCGGGUGGAGAAGGCAGUGGCGAGCAAACAGGAGAUGCUGGCGAUGAAAGCGAAUUGAGUGACAUGGAUGAAUCCAAACUCGAUAAUCCAUCUUCAGAACGGAAGGCUAUCAUGUUCCCUAGCCUGCACAAGGGUGAGUCAGGUGAUGUCGAGACAGAAGAUGAUGUCGGUACUGGCGAAGAAGGCGCCGAAGAAGAGGAUGAAGAAGAAGACGAUGGCGAAGGGGAUGGAGAUGCCGGUGCGACUGGACAUCCUGGGGACGAAACCAUGGAUCUCGACGACGCUGGCGAUGAUGAGAACCAGGAUGAGGAUGGCGAAGAUACAAUCAUUGAUGAGAGCAGACUGUAUGAUCAAGAUGACGAGAACGAAGAAGAGGAAGAAGAAGGUGAAGAGGGGGAGGGAGAUGGGGAAGAGGAGGAAGACGAAGAGGAAAAUGAGGAUGAUGAGACUGUCAACAUCACAGAUGCUAAAGACUCUCGUGCCCCUUCCCCUAGUGAGGAUACCGAACAAGAUGCCAUGGAUAUCACACCCGCUUAG